AUGCCGCUGCCCCUUGCCUGCUGCCAGGACAGGGAAGCCCUGGCGGUGGCUCGGGACGGCGGCGCUGCCCAGCUCACCGUUGGCAUCCUGCGGGCCACCAGGAUCCCCGGGCUGCACUACAUGUGCACCCGGCCGCAGUCCCGCCUGCGCCGCCUGCUCUGGAGCCUGGCCUUCCUGGCCUCCGCCGGGCUGCUGGCCACCGGCGCCACUGACCGCCUGCACCACCUGCUCUCGCACCCCGUGCACACCCGUGCACGCCUCGCCUGGGCCUCCCAGCUCCGCUUCCCGGCCGUCACCCUCUGCAACCCCAACCGGGCACGCUUCCUGCACCUCACCAGGCCCGACCUCUACUCGGUGGGGCAGUGGCUGGGGCUGGCCCAGGAGAACCGCUCGCUGGUGCCCGAGAUGCUGGCCGUGCUGGGGGAGGACCGGCGCGCGUGGCUGACGCGUCUUGCCAACUAUUCGCGCUUCUUGCCGCCCCGCCGCUCUGAGCGCACCAUGCAGAGCUUCUUCCACCGCCUGGGCCACCAGAUCGAGGACAUGCUGGUGGAGUGCCGCUUUCAGGGAGAGCGCUGUGGCCCCCAGCACUUUGACCCCGUGAGACCCCACCUGGCAGGGGCCGGACAGCUGGGCUGCCCUAUGAGUGCUGGGAGCGAUGCCUCACACCCCCCCAGCAAGGGUGGAGGGGUGGCAGUGUGUGUGUGGGAGGCUUAGAUGAGCCCUUCCAAGGGCCAUGUGAGACUGUUUCCGCCCCCAGUGCCUCCAUGGGAUUGGAGAGGGGUCCCUGGACCUCAUCCUGCUUGCAGAAUGCCCUGCCAGAUCCCUGCCUGCUCCCUCACCGCCCCGCUUUCUCCA